CUUUCUCGUCGACCGUGUGGUGUCAUUUCACAUUUCUCUGAGUGCGAGGCAUUGGUUGUAUGGUAUCGGUGCCAAUAAGGCCGUUGAAUACGUUUAGGGCCACUUGUCGUGGUUUCUAAUCAUUGUAAUUUAAUCGAACGUCAACUUUCGGACCGGCGUGACCACGACGUGAUUAUUAUUGGGAGUUUUGUAGCUAUUUUAUAAAGAAGCUUCGCAUCAGAGGCGGGGAGAAGUUCUACAGGAUGAAGCUCUCCCUGGUUUUUGAGCUUCUUUUGAUAUUUGUUCUUCUAGCGUUUGCUGCCUCAAAACAAAUUGGGAAAAAGAAGAAUAACAACAAAACUGGAGUUACGAACAAGAACAAUGAUAUCAAAAUAGAGGACAACAGUAUUAAUAGAUAUUGCAAGUGCUCUGAAGUUUAUUGCAACUGUUGCAGAGACUUCCAAGUCCCGCUGGUAAAUUUAAGCGGCGCAGGAUGUGCGACUUUAAUGUAUUUGAACGACGACAAGAUGUCGAUAUCUUUGAGAUUUGGAAGAAAAGUAAUUGCAAAUCGUACAUUAUCCAGUCGCAAACCAAGUCCAGUUUGUAUGCCUCUACCUGGAGGAAUAUCUAAAUUUUGUGGACGAGUUUAUAAUAUUGCCCGAACUGGAGAAGAAUUCAGAGCCUGUUUAGGCUUGGAACUUCAAUCUAAGAGUACUGUCGAAGCGGCGGUCAGGGUAUCCUGCUUCAAAUUUGGUCCGCGUGGUGUUACCUCCGAACCAGCGGAUCCAUUACCAUUACUACCUCAGGAUGACAAAAAUUCUGAUGAUGAUGAUGAUGACGAUGACGACGAUGACGAUGAUGAUGAUGUUGAUUUCGGACUUUCCGGCGAUGACGAAUAUGAAGACGCGGACGAUGACGACGACGAUGGUGGUGAUCUUGACGCUGUUAAUGAUGUGGAGAGUGCAGACUACACAGGCUUCAGUAUCUUAGGAGAAGAUUUGUUAGGAGACCUAUUUGGCUCUGGUGGUAAAAAAUCCAACAAAAACAAAAAGAAACAAGCUCCUGUAAUACCAUCUACUACAACAACUAGGCGGCCAAGACCUACACGCCGUCCAAUAAGGAGACCAUCCUCUCGAGUAACAACUGUAAGGCCUUCGGUAACAAGAACAACAACAGUUAAAAUUCGUCCCAUCUCUCGCCGAACCACGCGACGGCCAACAAGACGACCAAGUGGGCGUCCGUCUAGAAGACCGACAACUUCUGCCGAAACUACAUCGACUAUGAGUUCAACAAUUUCGACCACAACAUAUUCACCGAUUGUUUCUAAUAAUAUACCAUUAAAAGAAGAUGAUUACAAGCCGUUACUAGAUUUAACAAACCAAGAAACUACUUUUGCGACUGAAAAAAUUUCUACCAUGCAAUUUCUGACUACUCCAAAAACUGUAACCACAUUUGAUGACCCAAGUCUCGAAAUGUCUUUGGCUCAUAUAACAGGUCAGCUCUCUGUAAUGCCUAUAACUCCGGUAAUUCCUCACGAAGAUAGCGAAACAAAUAAGAAAACAACUAGUAAUUCAGAAGUUCUUUACGAGAAAGUGGAAACAAUAACCCCCAAAAACCCAUCUACUGUGUCAUUCCUGCCAACAGAACCAAUUUCAGAUGAUAUGAUUCAAAUAGUUCAGAACCUCGAUUCACAAUCUGAAGAACUUGUACCCGAAAGAGAAUCGAAUUUGUCUGAACAAACGCGUGGUCAUAAAUACAAAAUCACCUAUUCAGGAAAUAAUCACGAAGGUGUACGACCAAAAAAGAAGCAUAGAGGAGCAGACUUUAAUUUAGCUGAUUUAGCCGUUUUAGAUUUGACUAAAAUUGGAGAAAGCGUUGGGCAGCAUUUGGGUAUUUUCGGAAGGCAUAAAAGACAAAACAAAAACAAAGAUAUAAAACACGGUAAGGACCAAUAUGAAGAUGACUACGAUAUCAUCGGAGAUUUAUCGGCCUCUAUGGGUUUCACUGACCGUAUGAAUACUAAAAACAAAGAAAGUAGAAGACGCAAUAAAAUGAUGCAAGGAGACUGGUCAAAAGCAUGACCGAUUUAAAGAGACUAAAAUAGAUUUAAUUAGAUAGU